GGAAUCUGAAUCUUCCUCAUCAGAAGUUGAAGAGAACAACAUGCAACUCAGCUCCUUUCCUGUGUUACGACCUGUUUGGUUCUUCGUGUUUCUGCUCAUAGUCAUCCUCAGCUUCAUAUGCGUAAUCGUGAGGGCUGCAAGGAGAGAGAUGCGCCUGUCUGCUAGGCUCAUUGAACAGAUGGAGGCGACUCGACAGGCUCAGAACGAGAGCAUUGCCUUCGCAAAAGCAAGCCAUGACAUCCGUGCCUCCCUUGCCUGCAUCAGUGCAUUCAUUGAGAUGUGCUAUCAUGAGGCUGCCCCUAUGACCGAGCUAGCUAAGAAUUUGGAGCAAAUGGACAAUUGCGCGAAGGACUUGUUAGGUUUACUGAAUUCUAUUCUCGAUAAGAGCAAGAUUGAGGCCGGAAAGAUGGUGCUCGAGGAGGAAGAGUUUGACUUGGCACAACUCCUUGAGGACGUGGUUGAUAUGUUCCAUCCCGUGGCCAUGAAGAAAAACGUUGACGUGGUCCUGGACCUCUUUGACGGCUCGAUGCUUAAGCACUCAAUCGUAAAGGGAGACAGGGGAAAGCUCAAGCGGAUCCUCAGCAACUUAUUAAGCAAUGCAGUGAAGUUCACACCUGAGGGGCAUAUAACAGUUCGAGCAUGGGCUCAGGAACCAAACUCGGAGGAUCAUACCAUCCAUACGACUAAUCAGAAGGCACAGAAGAAAAGGUUGUCCUCGUGGUUCUUUGGGAAGGGAGAAGGCUGGUGCAAAGAUGACGAGGGGGUGAACAGAUUGCAGAGGAAACCAAAUUCCAUGGAGUUUGUGUUCGAGGUGAACGAUACUGGCAAAGGGAUUCCAAAAGAGAAAUGGAAUUCUGUGUUUGAGAAUUAUGUACAGGUACAGGAAACUGCUCAGGGAGAAGGAGGGACCGGCUUAGGCCUCGGGAUCGUUCAGUCUCUGGUGCGUCUGAUGGGAGGUGACAUAAAGAUCGUGGAAAAGGAGAUUGAGAAGACGGGGACAUGCUUCCGCUUCAACAUGCUGUUUGCUGUUUCAGGUGGCAUUCUUGUUUCACCCCACAAGUUGAUGAAUGAGGAAGGCGCCGAAAAAGGAUCCAAAAAUGUUUUUGGUCCUGAGGCGGACCUGAGCCUUCCUUGCCGCUCGAGCUAUGAGGGUUUAUCGCUGGCCAUUCUACUGAUAGGGGGCACGGAGAGGAGGAGGGUGUCAAAGAGCUACAUGGAGAGGCUCGGGAUAAAAGUUUGGGCAGGGAGGGAAUGGAUUAAGCUCCCUUCAAUUCUGAGGAAGGCCAAGCGAUAUCUGGACCUCUCUUGCCACAGCUCAUCGGGGGAAUCUGACAUGUCCCAGAAUGCAGAUAGCCUAAGCGAGUCGGCCUCAAACAACUCCAGCAGCGACCAAGACCAGAUUCAACCCUUUGAUAGCCGGUUCUUGCUUCUUGUGGUUGACUUGAGUUUUGGGCCGAUUAUGGAACUCAUCAGAGUCGUAUCGGAAUUCAGAAGAGGGAUUCAGAAUACCAAUACUGCCAGCUGCAAGGUAGUGUGGCUUGAUAAGCCAUCUGCUCAUUACAGGAGAAUCCUGGAGGAGGAGCCCGACCUAGACCUCUCGAAUGAUGUAAUCAUUUCGAGGCCAUUUCAUGGGACCCGUUUGAUCGAGGUGAUCAAGCUUCUGCCUGAGUUUAAGGGAUCCUCAGCAGUGAGGAACAGAACAGGAAAGAUGAAGAAGAUUGCAGUCGGUGAUGAUGAUAGUAGUUCAGGUUCGAUAAGAGAAGAGGGUCCUGACGAGGUGAGGCUAUUGAGCGGGAAGAAGGUACUGGUGGUGGAGGACGUUUUGGUGCUACAGAGGUUGGCUAAGUGGACUUGUCUGAGUCUCGGGGCAAGUGUUGAUGUCUGCGAAGAUGGGGACGAGGCUGUGUCAAUCGUUUCCAGUAAGCUCAGAGAGCUGAGGAAGCUUGCCGAUGGAGCCUCAUUUUCAUCUUCUGCUUUGCCUUAUGAUUUCAUCCUAAUGGACUGUGAGAUGCCGAUAGUGAAUGGUUAUGAUGCGACUCGAAGGAUCAGGCAAGAGGAGUUGGAAUACAACGUCCGAAUUCCAAUCAUUGCAGUUAGUGCUCAUUCUGAGGGUCCAGAAGUGAAGAUGGCAUUCGAGGUGGGGAUGGACUCGUACAUCCAAAAGCCUCUCGAGAAAGAAAGACUCGUCGAAGUUCUCCAAGAGAUGAACAUCACAUAGAUUUGGCAAACUCAUGCAUGAAACUCUAUGUGUACCAAGUACAAACUCUAAAAACAAUAAAUAAAGUUGAGUUUCGGUAUUAAGAAAAUCAAAUUAUUAUAA